AUGGAUGAGUUGACGGAAAAUACGUUUUCCAGCAACACCCGCUUCGUACAAGAACUUCACUUGGAUCGUUGCCAGCUCUUGAAAUUGCCAUCUGAACUUCUAAAACCACUUGCAGCACUGGUCACAGUUGACAUUAGCUUUAAUAACUUAAUAACAAUUCCGGAAGGAUUUUUCCACAAUCAAAGAAACUUAAAACGAGUUUAUUUGCUAGGAAAUAAAAUACAACACCUACAGAAUAUUUUCUAUGGUAAUAUCCAACUGGAAAAACUAAAACUGUCCUGCAACAAGAUAUCAUCUCUAAAAGACGUAUUUCAUAACAUCACGUCAAUACAAAACCUGACCUUGUACCACAAUCAAAUAAGAAGUCUUAGCCAAGAUGACUUCUCCUCUUACACAAAGCUUCGAUCAGUGUCCUUUAUGCACAAUUAUAUAUCUGUAAUUGCUAGUAAUACCUUUUCAAAUCAAAACGCACUGGUGUAUCUUUCUUUAGCUUACAACCAUUUGGUGGUUCUCAACCACUCUAUCCAGAAUCUACCACUAUUAGAAACAUUGGAUCUCAUGAGCAACAAUUUAGUUCAGAUAGAUGAACAUGAAAUGAAGAAUUUGCCCCAACUUAAGUACUUGAAUUUACGUUAUAACAAAUUAAAAACAGUAAAUGGAGCUUUCAGGGACAUUCAUAGUUUAAUUUCCUUAGGGAUUAAUGGAAAUAAAUUAAGGACAUUGUCAAGAAUAUCUUUUUCACGGGACUUUAAUGUGAAGAGACUUGGUUUAGCAUUGAUUGUUCUGUCUAUUACGUCCACCAUCUUGCUGCAUUUCAAGUACCGGUACCACUUGAAAGUAUGGCUUUACUCCAGAGGGUUGACGUGGCUCAAGAAAGCUGAAGACCAAGACUUCGGUAAACUCCACGACGCGUACAUUUCUGCAGCAGAGGAAGACUUGCAUUUGAUUGUCAGAUAUUUGAUACCAGAACUUGAAGAGAAGGAUCCCUAUUACUCAUUGUAUGUCCCAGGUAGAGAUAUGUUAGGUGGAGAAUUCGAAAUCGAUAAACAGAUGGAAGAAGUCAAAAAGAGCAAAAGGGUUAUUAUUUUGCUCUCAGAACUACAGUAUGCUGGUAUGAUAAUACAUUGCUAUGACUUAAAACAGUAG